GUCGAGCGUUGGAACUUGUUGGAACAUGUUUGGAAUGCCACAAGGUCGGUGGCAUUCUGGAUUGAGGUCAUGAGGCCAAAGCGCAAGGCCACGUUGGGCCCUUCGCCGUCUCCAGAAAGCGCACCAACCAAACGUCGUACGAAAGCAGUUGCACGUCCACCUCCUUCGCAUGCUAUAAAGGGCCCAGCACGAACGAAAUUCACAGCCAAAUCUCCAGCCGCAAGCAAACGUGCCUCGAGCUCAUCUGCCGAAACACCAGCCACCAGCACAGGGCUCGCAAAAAACAAGGCAAAGACGAUGAAAGAUCGCGUAUUGUACGUGCUGGCGAACGCUACGGUUCUCAUGGGUCUCCCGACCCUCAAGAAACACCUCAUGGAGGAGUUUGCCCUGCAGGAAUCGAAAGUGUUCAACACAAACGUCAAGAAGGCACUGGCGGAGUUGAGUGCAUCCCCUCGCGACGACAUUGGAAAGAUUGGUGGGUCUUACCACGCUGGGAUGUCCAGUGUGGCCUACAAAGCAAAGGAAAAAGCGGACGCAGAGUUGGAGGAUGCCCAGAAAUACAUCGACCAGGGGUGCAUCAAGUGCUGUUUCUGUGGAGAGUGGUGCCCUGGCGACUGCGAAUUGGGCGAAGACUCGAUUGCGAGAGGGUCCAAGUACAGAUGCGUCUCAUGCAACAAGAUCUUUUGGAGUUGGAUUUCCGAUGGGUACACAGUUGCGCAUGAAGUCGAGUACAAAAAGUCGUUCAAUUAUUAAGGCAAGUUACACGCGAUUACAUCACCAGUACGGCGGAGUGAGGCCACCAUUCAUGGUCAUGCCGACUGAAUGUCAUGGCUCCGUUGCCUAGACUCGUCAAGUGGCAUGUCACAACUUUAUGUUGAACAUGAUCCCGCGAAAGCAGCUUUUGCGCACGCGCGCGACGUCGUCCAGGCGCAUCUCUUUUGGCAUCCUCUGUACAUCACAGAUACGCCUGGGCCGCCCCAUACCGCAGCACAUUCCAGAGCACCUCGUCUCGCGCUAGCUACCACCGCCCUUUGAG